AGAGACGGCCCUUCGACACGUGAAGAUGAAUGAAACCGAGCAACUCAGUUCGACCCAGAAAUGAUGAAGCAUUUUUAGAUUGGGGUCUGUUGUUUGACUUAGUAUACAAAAAGAAGAUUUGCAGAAGAUAACGAUAGAGGGGAGAGGUAGAGAGAAGGAUGUCUGAUUCAUGGUGGGCUUUUUCUUUUUCUAUGAGCAUACGAAGUUUGCUUUUCUGUGAGCAUACGAAGUUUGUACGUGAUCAUGGUCACAGCAACAGGACGGGGAGGAAGAAUCAUUUGGCCACUCACUGUACUCUCUCCAUGCGCGAGUGAGAGAGGUCCAACUGUCCCCACGAGAAAAGGCAAGGAGAGAGGGAGAGAUGGUGUGACAGUGAGAUCGGAGGAGUCACCGGUUCAACCGCCACGCGCCUUUCAAUUCUUUGGUUAACAACCCGACGAAGACGCGAAAGUUAAGGACCCAAGCCCCCCUCCCUCCUCCUUCCUCUUCAUUCCUUCCUUGCUCUACUUCAGGAAGGGCCAGGAAGAGAGGGAGAAAGAGAGAUACAGAGUAUGACGGACACGACGGACGACAUAGCUGAGGAGAUAACGUUCCAAACGUUCGAUGAUGACUGCCGACUGCUGGGGAACCUCCUUAAGGACGUCCUGCAUCGGGAGGUCGGCCAGGCGUUCCUCGAGAAGAUAGAGCGCCAGCGGGUCCUCGCUCAGAGCGCCUGCAAUAUGAGAAUGGCCGGAAUAGAGAACAUGGCGGAGUUGCUGGAGAACCAGUUGGCCUCUGAGAUAUCCAUGUUGACGUUGGAGGAGGCCCUCACUCUGGCUCGAGCUUUCAGCCAAUAUCUCAAUCUCAUUGGGAUCGCCGAGACGCAUCACAGAUUACAAAGGGCUCGCCACACUAUGUAUUUGUCAAAAUCAUGUGAUGACAUAUUCAACAAACUUAUUCAAAGUGGUGUUCCUCAAGAAGAGCUCUAUAACACUGUCUGCAAGCAGGAGGUUGAAAUUGUCCUCACUGCACAUCCGACUCAAAUUAACCGGAGAACGCUUCAAUACAAACACAUUAGAAUUGCUCAUUUGUUGGAAUUUAAUGAUCGGCCGGAUCUAAGCCAUGAAGAUCGAGAAAUGCUGAUUGAAGAUCUGGUAAGGGAGAUAACCUCGUUGUGGCUGACAGAUGAGUUGAGGCGUCAGAAGCCUACUCCAGUAGAUGAAGCCAGGGCUGGACUGCACAUAGUCGAGCAAUCCCUUUGGAAGGCUGUUCCUCAUUACCUUCGUCGUGUUAGCAGUUCUUUGAAAAAGCACACAGGCCGCUCACUUCCAUUAACUAGCACACCAAUUCGGUUUGGCUCAUGGAUGGGUGGUGAUAGGGAUGGAAAUCCUAAUGUAACAUCAAAGGUCACAAGAGAUGUCGCCUUCUUAUCAAGGUGGAUGGUGGUUGAUCUAUAUAUACGAGAAAUUGAUAGCCUUAGAUUUGAGCUCUCCAUGAAUAGGUGCAGCCCGCAAUUGACAAAGCUUGCAUAUGAGGUUCUGAACAGAGGAAAAUCCCAAGAAGACAGAAAUCAUGAGAGUUGGGGUCAUAUGAAGGUUAUUGAUCAACCAAAUCCAGCUUUGCCAAUGCAGCUUCCUGCUGGUGCAGAUUUGCCUUCAUGUACAGAAUGCAAUGAUGGUGAUUCUCAACUUCCCAUCCUGGAAUUUCCACACACUGACAGCAAAAUUUCAGAAUCCCAGGCUGGUGAAGUCUCUCCAAAAUCACUUGUUUUCAACAAAGGUCCUAUUGGUAUGUCAGCCAAAAUGAGCAAUGACCACAUGUCUGCAGGCAGCAAUUCCUUGGCUUCUGCCAUUUCUGUUCAGAAUGCUGGAACUGAGCCAGUGAACCCAGUAUCUUCCAGCAAGUCUACUUCUUUCAGCUCAAGUCAGCUUAUUGCACGGAGAAAACUGUUUGCAGAAUCGCAAGUUGGAAAAUCCAGCUUCCAAAAGCUCCUGGAACCUAGUUUGCCUCAACGUCCUGGAAUUGCUCCGUAUAGGGUUGUUCUUGGAGACGUGAAAGAGAAGCUUAUCAAGACUCGAAGGCGGCUUGAGCUUCUACUUGAUGGUCUUCCUUGCGAUUUUGAUCCUUCUGAUUACUACGAGACAUCUGAGCAGCUUCUUGAACCACUUCUUCUUUGCCAUGAAUCUCUGCAAUCUUGUGGAUCUGUGGCAUUGGCAGAUGGAAGACUGGCUGAUCUUAUCCGGAGAGUUGCUACGUUCGGGAUGACACUUAUGAAGCUCGAUCUACGUCAGGAAUCUGGUAGGCAUGCUGAAACACUGGAUGCAAUCACAGAAUAUCUAGAUAUAGGGACUUACAGUGAGUGGGAUGAAGAUAGGAAGCUGGAGUUCCUCAGCAGCGAGCUCAAAGGGAAGAGGCCCCUUGUUCCCCAAAGCAUUGAGGUUCCAUCUGAUGUGAGGGAGGUGCUGGACACAUUCCGUGUUGCAGCUGAGCUUGGAAGUGAUUACCUUGGAGCAUAUGUGAUUUCAAUGGCUUCCAAUGCUAGUGAUGUAUUGGCAGUUGAGCUAUUGCAGAAGGACGCAAGACUUGCUGUCAGUGGUGAGCUAGGCCGAAUGUGUCCUGGGGGAACAUUGCGAGUUGUGCCAUUGUUUGAGACUGUCAAGGAUCUCCGUGGAGCUGGAUCAGUUAUCAGGAAAUUAUUGUCCAUUGAUUGGUACAGAGAGCACAUCAUUCAAAACCAUAAUGGGCACCAGGAGGUAAUGGUUGGCUACUCAGACUCUGGGAAAGAUGCCGGACGCUUUACUGCUGCUUGGGAGCUGUACAAAGCUCAGGAAGAUGUAGUGGCAGCUUGCAAUGAGUAUGGUAUCAAAGUCACGCUAUUCCAUGGGCGUGGAGGAAGUAUUGGUAGGGGUGGUGGCCCAACAUACCUUGCUAUCCAAUCUCAGCCUCCUGGAUCAGUAAUGGGUACUCUUCGUUCAACUGAGCAAGGUGAAAUGGUCCAAGCAAAAUUUGGCCUACCACAAGCUGCGGUUAGGCAACUAGAGAUUUACACAACAGCUGUGUUGCUUGCAACUUUACGGCCACCUCUUCCGCCUCGUGAGGAGAAGUGGAGAAGCUUGAUGGAAGAGAUUUCAAAGAUCAGCUGCCAGCAUUACCGAUCCACGGUGUAUGAGAACAAAGAGUUCCUUCCUUAUUUCCAGGAAGCAACACCUCAGGCAGAGCUGGGAUACCUGAACAUUGGAAGCCGACCAACAAGGAGGAAGAACUCUAUGGCAAUUACUCAACUGCGUGCCAUACCGUGGGUGUUUGCUUGGACUCAGACAAGGUUUGUCUUGCCAGCAUGGUUAGGUGUCGGGUCAGGCCUGCAGGGGGUGUGUGAGAAGGGCCACAGGGAUGAGUUGCACGCUAUGUAUCAGGAAUGGCCAUUCUUCCAAUCCACCAUUGAUCUAAUUGAGAUGGUUCUAGCCAAAGCUGACAUCCCCAUAGCUAAACAUUAUGAUGAGGUUUUGGUUUCUCCUUCCAGGCAGGAGCUUGGUGCUCAGCUAAGGAAAGAACUAUACAACACAGAGAAAUAUAUUCUUGUGGUGAGUGGUCACGAGAAACUAUCUGAAAACAACCGUAUCCUCAGGCGUCUGAUCGAGAGCAGGCUGCAUUACCUAAACCCACUCAACAUGCUGCAAGUUGAAAUACUGAGAAGAUUAAGAAAAGAUGAAGACAAUAACAAGCUUCGGGAUGCCUUGCUCAUCACCAUAAAUGGAAUAGCUGCUGGCAUGAGAAACACAGGUUGAAAAGUGCUACUUUGCUGAUUAUGUGGCUUACCUUUAUUUUGUUCUUGUGUUUGGUUCUGUUUGUGAAUUAUCUUUGUUUACUUUGAGAGAGAGAUGCUGUAAUUACUAAACAUGCUAUUUCACUGCCCCAAGAUAUUUAAAGGAUGUCUGCUCUUUUAGCUGCGGAUUAUGCCUACAAAUGCUAGUAAAAGUAUUUUAAAUUUUUGAAUUUACACUUA